GCUUCGAGAAGGAACUGAAACAGAAAUCCAUCCAUCGAUUUGACGGAGAAAUCCUCGGGAAGGAGGAAACCAGAAAACCGGCGAGGCGAGGUGUGGAUGAGCAAGAGAGACAAUUAAGGUGAGAGGAAAAGCAUGGGUGUGGAUUACUAUAAGGUUCUUCAGGUAGACCGGAGCGCUAAGGACGAUGACCUCAAGAAAGCCUACCGUAAACUGGCCAUGAAGUGGCACCCUGACAAAAACCCUAACAGCAAAAAAGAAGCCGAAGCGAAAUUCAAGCAAAUCUCAGAGGCCUACGACGUAUUGAGUGAUCCGCAAAAGCGGGCGGUAUACGAUCAGUAUGGGGAGGAAGGGUUGAAGGGGCAGGUUCCGCCGCCUGGCGCCGGCGGAUUCGGCGGAGGGAUGGAUGGAGGCGGCGGUUCCACCACUUUCCGGUUCAAUCCGCGCAGCGCCGAUGAUAUUUUCUCGGAGUUUUUUGGGUUUACGAGUCCUUUCGGAGGAAUGGGUGAUAUGGGCGGUGGUUCGAGGGCAGGCGCGUCUGGAUUCCAUAGGACUAUGUUUGGGGAUGACAUUUUUGCUUCUUUUAGGAAUUCAGCCGGCGCUGGGGAAGGGGGAUCCGGUGGUAUCCCUAGGAAGGCUGCCGCCAUUGAGCGAAUGUUGCCGUGUAGUUUGGAGGAUCUGUACAAGGGGACUACUAAGAAGAUGAAGAUUUCUAGGGAUGUGAUGGAUCCUAGUGGGAGGCCCUCUACAAUGGAGGAAAUUCUUACUAUUGAAAUUAAGCCCGGGUGGAAGAAAGGAACAAAAAUAACUUUCCCAGAGAAAGGAAACGAACAGCGAGGCGUCAUACCCUCCGACCUGGUCUUCAUCAUCGAUGAAAAGCCUCAUACCAUGUUCAAGAGAGACGGAAACGACCUUAUUGUCACCCAGAAGCUAUCUUUGGUUGAAGCUCUCACCGGUUAUACUGCACAAGUGACCACUCUUGAUGGCCGGAGUCUAACAGUCCCGAUUACCAAUGUCAUUAGUCCCACCUAUGAAGAAGUUGUCAAAGGCGAAGGAAUGCCCAUUCCGAAAGAGCCUGGCAAAAAGGGGAACUUACGAAUCAAGUUCAACAUUAAGUUCCCGAGCAGGCUUACUUCUGAUCAGAAAAGUGGAAUCAAACGAUUACUGAUGUCCUCAUGAAAAUCAGUGGCGUUGCGCGCCCUCUGCUAUACCUUACUGUAAGCUUGUGAUAUUAUUUUCUUUUCUUUUCUUUUCUUGUCCCUUUUAUGCGGCGGAUUGAUAUAAAAAAAAAGGAUGUUUUGAUCCCCAUUUCAUUUCGAAUAUUCGCUUGUGGCAAUGUAUUGAAUUUAUUUCAUGCUGUCUGUCUCUUGUUGCAAAUCCUGUGUGUGAAAAAAAGAAAAAAAAAUGCCUAAGUUUGUCUGCCGGGAUAGUUGUGGAAAUCGAUUCACCUUGUUCUUUCUUUC